AUGGCUCGACGCCUCUCGACGCUCUCGUUCCGCGCGCCGCCGCCAGCCCCGAAUCGCCGUGUUGUCGUGACUGGACUGGGCGCUGUCACUCCGUUUGGUGUGGGCGUACAGCGCUCGUGGGACGCGCUAUUGGAUUCGCAGUGUGCGAUUCGAACAGUGGAACAUCUCGUUGGUACGGGUCUGCAGUGUACCAUUGGCGCGUCCGUGCCCCGAGGCGAAGGAGAGGGAGCGUUCCGCACGAACGAGUGGGUCAAUGCGAACAACGUGCGGUCGCAAGAGCCCGACUUUAUCGCGUUCACGCUGGCAGCAGCUGAUGAAGCGCUGAAGGAUUCAGGAUGGAGCCCGCAGUCGGACGAAGAGAGCGAGCGAGCAGGCGUGGCAAUCGGUGCUGGUAUGGCCAACAUCCAGGAGGUCAUGGAUGUGGGUCAACUGAUCAAAGAGAAGAAAUAUCGCCGAGUGUCGCCAUUCUUCGUCACAAGAAUACUUAUCAAUCUUGCUGCAGGUCACGUGAGCAUUGAGCACGGACUGAAGGGGCCAAACCACUCUUGUGUCACGGCGUGCGCCACGGGUAGUCACAGCAUUGGCGAUGCCGCGAGUCUGAUACGACACGGCGACGCAGACGUGAUGGUUGCUGGAGGGACUGAUGCGUGCCUCAACGAGAUUUCAAUAUGCGCCUUCUUGCGCGCGCAAGCUCUGUCCACCAAGUUCAAUAGUCGCCCGCAAGAGGCAUCGAGACCAUUCGACUCGGACCGUGACGGUUUUGUCAUGGGUGAAGGCGCUGGUGUCGUUGUGCUUGAGGAGUACGAGCACGCUAGAAACAGAGGUGCCAAGAUCUAUGCCGAGGUGCGAGGGUACGGUCUCAGUGGUGACAGCAAUCACAUGACGGCUCCUCCAGCAACUGGUGAUGGUGCUCGACGAGCUAUGCAGUCAGCAAUUUCGCAAUCUGGGCUUGCGCUGCACGAUAUUGGCUACAUUAACGCGCAUGCGACCUCAACACCUUUGGGAGAUCGCGCUGAGAAUACAGCUGUGAAGGAGCUAUUUGGCGAGUAUGCGAACGAGCUCGGAAUAUCGUCUACAAAGGGAGCUAUCGGCCACUUGCUAGGUGCUGCUGGUGCCGUGGAGGCCAUCUUUUCGAUCAAGGCCCUAUGUGAUAACGUGAUGCCUCCCACGCUGAAUCUAACGGAGACAACGGAGGAGUUCACGCUAAACUACGUGCCGAACCAGCCACAGGAGAAAGUGUUGCGCGCAGUUCUUACGAACUCGUUUGGUUUUGGCGGAACGAACGCAAGUCUUUUGUUUGCCAAGUAG